GCGUGAUUCGAUUCGUGAUUGUGGGAUAUAUUGUUACGAAUAAAUAUCUAUUGAUAUACGUGUGCUUGGAAGAAAGGGCAUAAGUGAACGACGAUGAAGAAAAGAGACACCUAUCAUACGGAAAUCGAGUGUACGAGAAGAAAAUGUUGCGAAAGAAAUUAACUUUGCCUUACAAGUGAACUCUAAAUUUCUCCGGUGAUUUGAAUAGUGACGAUUGAAAUGUGAUAAGAAGGAAAAGUAAGAACACAGUCCAAGGAAAGAGUAAUAUGCACUUGCAAGCAUCGUGGAAAUGUUCGUCAAAGGAGGUUCCUAAAAAGGAAAAGCUGCAAACGAAGAAGAAAUACCUUCUGGAGACGGUCGCCUCCUGAAUGAUGAAGACAAAAGGCAAUUGUGAAACUUGAGAGGGUAGGUGAUAUCGGGUAUAGUAAGGAUGAACUCGCGGCCGUGGGUAAGACGGAGAUGACCACUAGAUCCGUGCCUCGUCCUGAAGACGAAGACGAGGAGGACGAGGAAGACGAGGAAGAAGAAGAGGAGGAGGAGGAGGAGGAAGUCGACAAGGAGGCUCGUUCGAGUCUACGAUAUCACUGCCACUGAUAUCCACUCUCUCGUCGCAUCGAUGCCGAUCCCUGCGUCCAUUGAUAGAGAUAUGGGGAGUGUCGUAGGCAGCAACGUAAACGUAAGCAACGUAACGACGAGGAGGAUGGACUCGACGACGUUCCUGCCGGAAGCGACGUCGACCCUCAGCGAGCGGGAGCAACUCAAAAUUGAAUUUUACAAAACUUACGAUGUUAUGACCGGGGUCAGAAUCGCAGCGACUCUCGGUGGUUUUUUCGGUCUUAUGAUCCUUCUGCUUGUUUAUAAAAGCAGGUGCAAAUCGAGCAAGCAGUUGGAGGAUCCAAGACUGACCGCAGCUGCAGCCGCAGCGGUAGCUGAAGCAGAAGCCGAGGAAAGAGCCCUCGCAGCCGCCCUCGAAGCCAUCGCCAGAUUACCACCUAGGCCAGAUCGGGGUCCUAGAAGAUCUCUUUGUGUCGAGGUAACCCAGUCUCAUUUGCCAAAAAUCGGCCCGCGUUUCGCGUCGAUUGGGGGUGGUUACGAGGCUCUAUUAACGCCACCAACAAAGCAGCCGAAUUUGGCACCUCCUGAAGAACAAAGAAGAUACAGUUCGGUGACGUGUAGCAGCACUGGGAGUAGUUAUCUUGAAAGGAGAGGGUCUGCGAUGCCGGUACCAUGUUUGCCGCUUCAUCCUACGUUUUCGACGAAAUACGCUGCCCACGAUGAACCCUGGGAUCUUUAUUAUCCCAUCGAUAUUCAGGUAAUCCAACCAACCCCAGAGCUUUCUCCAUGCACAAGCGAAGCAGGACUCUACGCAAACGAAGUGAUAAUCACAGGAACUAGCGGUAAAAGAGCUCCAUUGGCUUCUAUGGGUAGUGUUGAUCCUCCGGAACCAGACUCAAGUUGCAAUUAUUCAAGGUCGCUUGGUUCCGACUCGGUCUUCCUGAGAAACGACGAGCAAGAAGAGUGUCUCGACACGGAAGAUGAGGUGUCCGGGUUCUCGACUGACUCCGAAGCACCUGGGCCGAGCUGUCGUCGGUUUCUUCGGGUACCCUCGAAAAAGAAGAAAACGGUCGAGAAAUGGGAUGGUUGUGCUGGGUGUGUCCCUAGACGGCGGCCUGGAGGCAAACCUUGUCAAGCUUGUCAUAGUAUUAGUGCAGCUGUUGAAACUUCCAGGUCUCAGGCAGUCUCUACGAGCACCAGCAGCCAGAGUAGCCUCGGUUCUCCACCGUGUUCACCAGCCAUCGAGCUCAGGCAUAGACCACCACCGGCGCCAUUACCAUCAAGUCCACCGGUCUGGUCACAAGAAACACUCUUUUAGUUCUUCAAAAACUUGCCAGAACGUUUUAAAAUGACCAGUAAUCGCACAAAGGUAUCCUUUUCAUGGGAAAUGAAGGAUGGUGGAAACGAAGAAUAAUCACAACUUUCGAUGGAGUAAGAAAUUGGAUAUGAGAACGUUAGAGUUGGAAGUCAUGAUAGAAUCACUAGAACAAAAGAACUUGCAGAAGAAUAGGAUAGGGAGAGAAAGAAGAGAAGUGACUGGAAUUAGGGAAGUCACUCAGCGGAAAAGGAAGAAAUUGAAUUAUUGGACAAAGUACUUAAACAGAAGGAAACAUCUAAGCGAAAUGCGAAUGUGUAGAAUAGGUAAAGUUUUGAUGUUUGGAAGAAAUAGAAAAUUUUGGACUUAGGAAGUAACGGACUUCAUGUGAAGAAUGAAUUGUAAACAUUAGAAGAAAAAAAAAAGAGGAAGAAAAAGAAGAAGGCAGACAAAGUAUAAGAAAAUGUAAUUAGGUGUAGAAAAUAAUAGAAAAAGUAUAAAUAUCAAAACUUCAAUGAAACAGAUAAGUAGCCGGAAAGGAAUGCGGAAAAAUUCCAAUUUUUGCUUAAGGCAAAACUAAAGAAACAUCAAACUUUUAUGGGUAAAAAGGCGAAAAUGAGAAACGAAGGUAAACGAAAAAUGGAAUAGAAAAGCAGGAAAUUUAUAUAAUAAAGUUUAAGGUACAAGAGGAA